UUUUUUUUUUUAAUCUAUUUUGCCGGACGGAGUAUCUAAUGAACCACCACCCUCAUUGUACUCAAAUCCACUGUAAAUUAGGGUUCAGCAACCGAACUAUAAAUCUCAAAAUCCGCUGCAGAUUCACCACCAAUCAAUCACCGGCGUCCUAUUCCACCGUUUAUCCAGUGCCGGAAUCCUCAGUUAUCAUAUCAACUCAGUUAAUUAAGGUUUAAACACUUCAACUUCUUCUUACAGUUUCCAUUUCUAGGGUUUACAACUCACAACACAAUGUUCGACUGGCAACAGUACACUCAAUCUAUACUAUUCGGUUUAAUAUUCUCGUUUCUGUUAGCAAAGCUUUUCUCAAUUAUCUUCUCGUUUCGAGAUCAAAAUCUCCGUAUCACUCGUGCUAGCGAUGCUAAUGAUGACGAUGAAGAUGAAUCUGUUGAGGUAUCGGAGAUUCAUAAUGAUUACGAUUUUAAUAAAGAGAAACAGCCGCUGAUUGAUAGGGAAAAGGAGAGUGGAGAGGUUUAUAGUGAUGAGGAGGAUAGUGAUGAUGAUUGGGAAGGUGUAGAGAGUACGGAAUUGGAUGAGGCGUUUAGUGCGGCGACUGCGUUUGUGGCAGCGACUGUGGCGGAUCGGUCUGCGCAGAAGGUUUCAAGUGAUUUGCAGUUGCAGCUUUAUGGAUUGUAUAAGAUUGCGACGGAAGGGCCUUGUAGUGUUCCGCAGCCGUCUGCGCUUAAAAUGACCGCUCGAGCGAAAUGGAAUGCAUGGCAGAAACUAGGUGCAAUGCCUCCGGAGGAAGCAAUGCAAAAGUAUAUUGAGAUUAUUACAGAACUGUAUCCUACUUGGCUUGCUGGUUCAACUUCUAAGAAAAGAGAUGAAAAUGCUAAUGAACGAUCAAGUAACGAGAACAGACCAAUGGGACCUGUUUUCAGCUCUUUUAUCCAUGAAGAGGAGUCUGACGAGUUAAAAUUAGAUGCUAUACAUGCCUUUGCAAGAGAAGGCGAUACAGAGAACUUGAUCAAGUGUGUCGAGGCUGGCAUUCCUGUGGAUAUAAAGGAUAGUGAGGGUCGGGCCCCUUUGCACUGGGCUGUUGAUCGUGGCCAUAUCGAAGCGGCAGAAUUGCUUUUGAGCCGGAAUGCUGAUGUGAACCUAAAGGAUAACGAGGGCCAGACACCGUUGCAUUAUGCUGCUGUUUGCGAGAGAGAACACAUAGCCGAGCUGCUUGUGAAGAAAAACGCGUCAACAGAUAUAAAAGACGAUGACGGAAACUAUCCUGCCGAUCUUUGUGAUUCAAAAUGGCCCUGGAUUCAACCCCAGGCGCCCUCUCUUUGAUGGGUGAUCCUUCUUUUUGUAUUCUAAAUUUUCAUAUGUUUUCUGAUUAUCGUUGGAAUUCAGAAAUCAAACACGGUUGAUUUCAGUUUUUGUGUUUUGUGUUUUAAAAAAUUAACAGAUUAUAAGGAAUUAAAUCAUAUUUAUGUGUUU